AUGGUAUUAUGGCGUGGACGACUUAUAUUUAGACAGUAUAUACCAAAUAAACGUCACAAAUAUGUUAUCAAGCUGUACAUGAUCACAACCCCUGAUGGUAUGGUUCUCAAAUUUAUGGUAUAUACAGGUAUGUUGGAUGAUUCUGGUGGAAAAGGACAUGCACAGAAAGUCGUAAUGAAUUUACUUGAGGGAAUGUUGGAUGUAGGGCAUAGCGUAUUUAUGGACAAUUAUUAUAACAGCUAUGAUCUGGCAAAAUGUCUUUCUGAUAGAAAAACUCAUUGUACUGGGACAAUUAGAAACAACAGGAAGACAUUUCCGAAAGAGGUAAACGAAAAAAAACUAAAGAAAGGGCAAACUGUAGCAAAAUAUACUAAUGGUGUGAUGAUUGCUAAGUGGAAGGAUAAGAGAGACGUCACUUAUAUUUCCAAUGAAUAUAAAAAUGAUAUGGUGGAAAAAACAAACAAAAGAGGUGAAGUUAAAACAAAACCACUACCUGUAAUUCAGUAUAAUAAAUUUAUGGCAGGUAUUGAUAAGCAAGACCAGAUGCUUGCUUAUUAUCCUUGUGAAAGAAAAACGAUUAGGUGGCCCACGAAAAUUUUUGUGCAUAUUUUGCAAAUAAUGAUGUCCAAUUCCCACUUUAUCUACAACAAGUAUUCCAAUAGAAAUAUGUCACUUUAUGACUAUCGUCUAUCCGUGAUAAGAUGCUUAUUGAAACAGCCAUCUGUUCAUCGUGCUUCUGUGUGUCAUCCAUCUGAAUCGGAGCAUGUACUAAAAACGCGGGAAGAGAAAAAAGGUGGAAAAAUACUGCGAAAGCAGUGUAAAAGCUGUUAUUCGGAAGGAAAACUAAAAGAUACCAUAUAUGUGUGCAAAGUUUGCGAAGGAUCUCCCGGAUACUGCCUAGAUUGUUCUAAGAUUACACACAAAUAA